CUCUGAUAACAAAAAUCACCCUUAUGUCGAUUUCUGCGACUACGGUCGAAGCAUCAGUCGCUCUUUUCAUGCUUGAUCGGGAAAGAGCUGCUUCAAGAUGUUAAAAAUCAUAAUAAUAGCAGUUUUCCUCUUGGCUUUUUUCAUCGCCAUCAUUUCCGCCGCCUUAGCAAGCAACCCCGGCAAGACAAACAACACAAAUCAAACAUUAGUUGGUAAAAAAAGUAGUGCAAAUCAAACAGCAACGACUCCAGGAUCCACCACAAUUGUCACCAGAAAUACUACCCUAAUUACUACAACUGCAAGACCAGCUCAAAAUCCUCAGAAAGUUAUCGGAAACUGCACUGCAAGUGAAGGAAGUAGGAAUUGCACAAACAACGUCACUUGCCAUUGCGCGUCAACCAACAAAACAAUCACCCAAAACUGCAUUAACGGAUCUCUGGUAUUAUUCAACUCGAAAGAUAAACAUUUGAUCUGCCCGCUGGAAAAUAAAACAUCGACGCCACGCAGCCGUGCAACCACAACUGCACGUCCAAAAAUCAAAGUUGGUCCGCAAAAGUCGUCCGAAGGUUCAUCGACGACCGCUCUGCUGGUGUUUUUAGUCGCAGAAAACGCCAUGAUCUUGGGAAUUUGGUGGAGAAAAGGUUUUUUGCCGUGGAUUAGUCAAAGAGGGAGAGCAACAGAACGCCUCUCGCUUUUGUCGGCUGAAGCUGAAUUAUAAGAUAUUUGAAACGCGUUUUUGUUAAAUAUCAAAUUAUCAUCAUCGCCAUUACCAUAACUUGUGUAAAAAAAGACUUUAAAGUCGCAGGAAUUUUUGCAUAAUAUAUUUAAAAAAAAAUCAGAAACAAAUUUAUAAUAUUUAAGCCACAUUUUGAGCUAAAAUUUUAAUUUCCGGACAUUAUAUAAAUCAAUGUUUUCAAAUUUUCUGGUUUAACAUUUUAUUUUUCUCUGGGAAAUUUAAUUACCAGUCUUGUAAUUAACAGCAAUAAUAAUCUUGUAAAUCGUU